AUGUUUAUGCUGAAGAUGAUGCCCAACCCAGAUUUUUUACUGCUCGCUGGCGCCAUGUUCAUCCAAACACUAUUUCUCUACAUCGUGACCAGAUACAAUUCUGAAAACACGGAAAAACGAUUCAAUGCAAAUUUCACUACAAUCAAACUGCGCAUAAAAGAAGCGCAUAUACGGAACAGUCGGUCAAAAACUUAUCUUAAUUUUCGCAGGCCCUUUAGGGACGAGUCUACGACUCAUAUAUCCGAAAUUCUUCCCGACGAUGGGGAGAGCUACAGAAUGGCAUUUUAUCGAAAACGAAACAUUCUAUAUAGUCUAUGUGUGCGGGAUGUAGCAAACGGCUUGAUCAUUGCUCUCAAAAUAUCUCCGA